AUCCUGCCACCUUAAACAUUUUUGCCACACGACCGAAUCCCAAAAAGAAACGCAAAAGUCGAACAGCAUUCACUAAUCAUCAGAUAUUUGAGCUGGAAAAACGAUUCCUCUAUCAAAAAUACCUAUCGCCGGCAGAUAGAGAUGAAAUUGCCGCCGGUCUAGGACUCUCAAAUGCGCAGGUGAUUACAUGGUUCCAGAACAGACGUGCCAAACUAAAGCGGGACAUGGAGGAACUCAAAAAGGAUGUUGAAAGUGUGAAACAAUUACACGACCAGUCAGCCGACAUCAGCAGCCGCCCAGCAGCACAGCCCCCACACAGCCUACCCCACAUGCGGAAGUCCAUACAGCAGCGCUUACACAUGGCAACCAUACUACGGGAGUCUACAGCCACACAACAGCAAACUCAGGAAGACUAUCAACAACAGCAACAGGGAACAACAUUUCAACAGUACAGCUGUCACAACAUCAACACCAGCAGCACCACCACCACCUCAUCAACACUACAACAACCAACACGUGCAAUGAAAGAAGAGACGAAAGCAUUCACUCAAGCGGAAGUUAUGAGGACUCUCAACUACAAAAUCUCCAACUGCAGCAGCAACAGCCACAACAACAUCAACCCCGCAACUUACAAGUCAACCACAGUCGAGGAUAAAAAGGAUAUAAAAUUAUUGAAAAUGUUUACACUGAUUCAUUACAGUCAAGAAAAGCAAAGAAAUUUAAAUUUGUAAUUUGAAACCAUAUUAAGGAAAGAAAAUUUAUCUCUGCAAUCUUUCUUUUUUCCAAUUCCUUAAGGUUGAUUAAGUUAAUAAUAAAUUUAUAUAUAAUUUGCAAUAUUUGCCAAAUUACGAAUAUAUACGUAUGAGUAUGUAAGUAUGUAGUUAAAUGAAAAUUGUUUAUGAGAAAAUUUUUCUUUUUCUAUUAAUUAUCUUAAAUUAAUGUCUGCGUAUGUAGUAAGUUUAUGUCUGUAAUGU